ACAGACAGUACCUCUGACAUCAGCAAAAAGGGAGAGAGAACCCCGGCCAUACCCACGAGGCUGAUACACCUUCAUUCGGGAACUGCAAGUCAUCCUGAUUUGCAGCUGCUUUCCACAAUCCCCGGCUGCAGUUUGCAUCGCUCGAGACGACUUGACAUGUGGGGUCAAAGCGACCCUGAACUCACGCUGAGCGCUGCCUCUUGUUUCGGAGUACUAAGGACAACGGCAAAAUCUGACAGUUAUUCCAAAAUGUCUCAGGGCCCGCAAUACAAUAUCAAGAUACGUUCGAUGUGCUCGUCACAUUUUUUUUCGCUCUGUAAGCGGGGGCGGACCCUCGCGUUGUACAGGUCUGGGAUAUCACACUGUGCACCAGAUAGCACAGAAGCCACACACGCUUGUGUUACCUCGGCGCGUGGUGAAUCUCUGCUGCGGAGGAAGCCAUCACCAGCUUUGCGUCGGAUAUCCACCCCACGUCGCUUGACUCCCUGUGUCUAUGGACCUCAAAGACGCCUGCCUGGAGACUUCCGCGCUGAUCUCUGAUCGUCUACUGACCACGAAUUCUAGCGCGGAGAUCGCUACCGGUCCAGGCCUGUCAAUCUUCGCGACUGACAGGGCCGACACACACACGGUGAAGAGAAUAUUCCGGCCUUUUACUGAAACAUGGAAACACGAUUGUCAAUGUGCAUCUGUUCUGGACUUACUAGCAUCGAGCGAGGCGCGGUCGCCCGCCCGAUGGCGAACUUCGAGACGUACUCUGCCAGCACGGACGCACUGAGAGAUCUCACAAUCAAAGGGGAUUUGAGCGCCCAGCGCAGUCGGGGAUCUACCACAUAGCAACUCUGUCCGACAGGGCCUCGCAGUAGCGGGUGCGAUUGUGCUAUAGUAAAGGAAGAUUCCUAGCUUUUCGUCGACCCGGUGAGCGCACACGGAAGAAUGUUUGUGUCCAGUACGCUCACGGUGUGUAGAGAGCCCUGAAUCUGAAAGUCUAAUUUAAUAUACAUCGGCCUGCACGACGAUGGAUACAUCGAUCGAGUAGCAGGAACCUAAAUGAAGCACACCAUGUCGUUUAGGUAGA